AUGGCCCUCAGGAUGCUCUGGGGUGGACAGGCGAAGAGGAUCCCGAGAGGCUGGGGGAUCAUCUGCUUGGUGAUCUCUCUGCUCCUUCAGCACCCAGGAGUCCACAGCAAAUGCUACUUCCAAGCUCAAGCCCCCUGCCACUAUGAGGGGAAAUAUUUCACCCUGGGCGAGUCCUGGCUCCGCAAGGACUGCUUCCACUGCACCUGUCUGCAUCCUGUCGGUGUGGGCUGCUGCGACACGUCCCAGCAUCCCAUCGACUUCCCUGCUGAGUGCGAGGUCCGGCAGGAGGCGGGAACCUGCCAGUUCUCCCUGGUGCAGAAAUCUGACCCUCGGCUGCCCUGCAAAGGGGGAGGGCCUGACCCAGAGUGGGGCUCGGCUAACACCCCCGUUCCCGGGGCUCCUGCUCCCCACUCCGGCUAA